AUGGAGAAGUUCUCGCAGUUCCGCGACCGGGGCUCCGGCAUAUCCCCCUUCCUACCCGUGACGACUCCGUCCUCGCUGCCGGCCACCGCCCUCCACGCCGUCCUCUUCCUCCUCCGCCUGCCGUUCUUCCUCUGCCUCGCGACCGCCUACUUCCUCGUCCUGCAGCACCUGCCGCUGCCCGCCGUGGCGCGCAAGCUGCUGCUCUGGCUGCUGCUCGCCAUCCCCGGCGUCUGGUGGGUCGACCUGCAGCUGGACGGCGUGAAGCGCGGCUCGCUGAGCCAGCAGCCGCGCUCGCGCGUGCCGCACCCGGGCUCCGUCAUCGCCGCCAACUUCACCUCGCCCGUCGACGCCCUCUACCUCGCCGCCGUCUUCGACCCCAUCUUCGUCGCCUGCCACCCCACCUCCCGCAAGGUCCGCCGCAUCUCCCUGCUGGCCGCCAUCCUGGCCGCCCUCUCCCCGGCCGCGCAGCUGCUCCCAGCCUCAGCCCGCGAGUGGGAACACCAGCAGCAACAACAACAACAACAGCAGCAGGCUGCAGCAUCCGACCUGACCACCCUAGCCGCGCUGCAGGCCCGACACCCGGGGCGCGUGAUCGCGCUGUUCCCGGAGUGCGGCACGACCAACGGCCGCGGCGUGCUCCCCGCGAGCGCGGCGCUGCUGGGCGCGGCGCGCGGCGCCCCCGUGUUCCCCGUCAGCCUGCGCUACGCGCCGCCCGACGUGGCGACGCCCGUGCCCGGCUGGCGCGCCGCCGCCGCCUUCCUGUGGAAGCUGCUCGGCCGGCCGACGCACUGCGUCCGCGUGCGCAUCGCCGAGGCCGUCUUCAACACCGCCGGGGCGGCGAACGGGGUUUCGGAGGAAGCGGCGGCGCCGGCGGUGGCGGCGGAGACGCGGGCUGGUGGUGGUGAUGGGGAUGGCGGAGAUGAUGCGCUGACGGCGGAGGAGCAGAGGUUGCUGGACCGCGUGGCCGAGGCGCUGGCGCGGCUCGGGCGGGCCAAGAGGGUCGGGCUGACGCUGCAGGAUAAGAAAGCUUUUGUGGCUGCCUGGCCGAAGAAGCGGUGA